AUGAGUAGCUUGGUUGAAACAGGGUCAAAAUUGGUUUCGCUGCAGAAACUGCUGGCCGAUCCUCUGUACAUUGGUCUCCGACAUGAGAGAGUUCGUGGUGAACAAUACGAUCGCCUCAUCGACAAUUUUAUGAAAGCAGUAACCAAGAGAUUUGGCCGUGAUACGCUCAUCCAGUUCGAGGAUUUUGCCUUCCAAAAUGCUUACAACAUUGCUCAAUCAGAUAUAAGGACGAGUACUGCACAUUUAACGACGACAUCCAAGGCAAGUCGAUCUUUG